AUGUCUUCUAAAGGUGUAUCUAAAAAGAAAGUAAAACCAUCAAAAACCAUCGAUGCAACUAAAAAAUUAGCAGAAAAGAUCAAACAACAAGCAUUAAAGAAACAACAAGAAAAAGAAUCAUCAUCAUCUACAACCACAUCAACUCCAGAACCAAGUUCAUCAUCGAUAACAACUAUUGAUCCAGAUGCUGAAUUAAAAUUUAAAACAUUUAAAGAAUUAAAUCUUGUUCCGGAUUUAUUAGAAUCUAUUGAAAAUAUGAAAUUCACUAAACCAACACCAAUUCAAUCAGAAUCUAUUCCUCAUGCAUUAGAAGGUAAAGAUAUUAUUGGAUUAGCACAAACAGGUUCGGGUAAAACUGCAGCAUUUGCUAUACCUAUAUUACAAUCCUUAUGGCAUGCUCAACAACCUUAUUUUGGAUUAGUUUUAGCACCUACUAGAGAAUUAGCAUUUCAAAUUAAAGAAACUUUUGAUGCUUUAGGUAGUUCAAUGGGAUUAAGAUCAAGUUGUAUUGUUGGAGGUAUGGAUAUGAUGGAUCAAGCAAGAGAUUUAAUGAGAAAACCUCAUAUUAUUGUUGCCACACCUGGUAGAAUAAUGGAUCAUUUAGAACAUACUAAAGGAUUUACAUUGAAAAAUUUGAAAUAUUUAGUUAUGGAUGAAGCUGAUAGAUUAUUAGAUAUGGAUUUUGGACCAGCUUUAGAUAAGAUUUUAAAAGUUAUUCCAACUAAGAGAACAACUUAUUUAUUUUCAGCAACAAUGACUAAUAAAAUUGAAAAAUUACAAAGAGCUUCAUUACAUAAUCCAGUAAGAGUUGCAGUAUCUUCAAAAUAUCAAACUGCUGAUAAUUUAGUACAAUCAAUGAUGUUAGUUAAUGAUGGAUAUAAAAAUACUAUUUUAAUUCAUUUAUUAAAUGAAUUUAUGAGUAAAUCAAUUAUUGUAUUUACAAGAACUGUGGCACAUGCACAAAGAACUGCAUUACUUGCAAGAAUUUUAGGAUUUAAUGCUGUUCCAUUACAUGGUCAAUUAUCUCAAUCACAAAGAUUAGGUUCAUUAAAUAAAUUUAAAUCAAAUACUGCAAAUAUUUUAAUUGCUACUGAUGUUGCCGCUAGAGGUUUAGAUAUUCCUUCUGUUGAUGUUGUUAUAAAUUAUGAUAUUCCUACUGAUUCAAAAGCUUAUAUUCAUAGAGUUGGUAGAACUGCAAGAGCUGGUAGAUCAGGUAAAUCCAUUUCUUUAAUUACUCAAUAUGAUUUAGAAAUGUAUUUACGUAUCGAAAGUGUAUUGGGUUAUAAAUUACCAAAAGAAGAUAAACCUCCAAAAGAAGUAUUGGAUGCUUUACAUAUACAUGUUGAUAAAGCUACAGCUGAAGCUAUUCGACAAACUAAAGAAUUACAUGAAAAAAGAGGUGGUAAUAAUAGAAGAAGAAAUAAAGAUGAUGCUGAUAGAGAAGAAAGAUAA